AUGGCUCUCCAGAACAGCAACGUGCAUUCCUCAGAAAGGAUGUGUGCUUUGCCAGAUAGGGCAAGUUGCUCGCAACACAUCAUUGCACAGGCGCACGGUCCGCCAGUUCACCAUUUGGUACAUAGGCACCCCGGGAAAUCAGUGCUAGAAAUCUAUCCUAACUGUCGAGAACCCGAAGUGGAAGCUGGCGAAGACAGGACUGGUGAUCUCGGUGAUUUCACUACUCAAUGCCCCGUGUCUUGGAAGAUCCGGGUCCGUUGUUUCUAUGCGCAGGUUUGGCCCCCCGCCGACAUUCCUGAACUUUUGCUGUGCUCCACAGUUAAGGCCAAGAGAAGUAGUGAUUCGAACCAAGGCAUCUCCGGUUAAUCGAAGUUGCAGAUGGCUAUCUCAACUCGUCAAGGAGGCGUCUUUGAAAAUCCCAGCAAGAAGAGACGCGAUUUUCCCGUCCGAUUGAUUACAACCGUUGAUCCGUCAUCCACAAGUUGGGAGUGCUGGGUUUUGGUGGUAGGGUCCCAAGGGACCACAGGGGUUGUUCGAGCUACGUAGUAUAUC